CCAACCCCCCCAAUCAUCCCCAAGCAGCGAAGACGAAGGCAGACGGACCUCCGGUGGCGAACCAUCACGAAGGCGGCCUAGCGGACAGGACAGGAAGCCAACGCCCUGGCCGGGCCUCGGUGGAGAUGAAGGCGAGGCCAGCCCAAGCUCGCCGGAGGUGCGGAUGUGCUCGGCCAAAGUGCUAGCAGGGCCCGCGCCCCCCUCGCACCUCCGGCCAUGUUGUUGAAGAGGAAGCUAUGCGCGGUGCUGGCCAUUGCCGCCGUACUCCUCCUCAUGCUCGCCAGCCACAGCAUCCAGAGGAGACCCUUCUUGUCGCUGUCUUUUGCCACGCCCACACGAGACGCCAGCGGUCAGGAGACGGCGCCUCCUGCUGACGUCGGCGACACACACGAAGCAGUCGUCACCGCCACACCUGAGAAGCGGCCGGCGAAGAGCGAUGCCAGUCGGGAGACGAGGCCCUGCGCUUGUCCCGAGUCGUGCGUGUCAGACACGAGUGCCUCCGACUGGUUCCGCCUUCGCUACGAUGCUGGACAGCGGCCCGUCCUCCGCGACGCGAGCGAACGCUUGGACCCGGACGCGCUCGACUGGUGGCUGAGUCUCCAGCGUUCGGGCAACGACGGCACACUGCGGGAAGUCAUGUCGCAGAUGUUCCAAAUCAUCUCGCCGCGUCCCGUGGACUUUGCGCCGCAGCCGUGGCGUUGCCGCACCUGCGCCGUGGUGGGGAACUCGGGCAACCUGCAGAAGUCGGUGCACGGGAAACUCAUCGACUCCCACACCUCUGUCAUCCGGAUGAACAAGGCGGUGACGCGGGGCUUCGAAAAGGACGUGGGGAACCGCACCACGCAUCACUUUGUGUACCCGGAGAGCGCCGUAGAUGUGGAGCGCGGCGUCCACCUCAUUCUGCUGCCCUUCAAGCUCCGAGAUAUGGAAUGGCUGACCAGUGCCCUCUCCACCGGCCACAUCAAAAUGACGUACACGCGGGUGAAAGAACGGGUAGAAGCCGAUAAAGACAAGGUGUUGGUGGUGAGCCCGGCGUUCUUCAAGUACGUCCACGAGCGCUGGACGGAGCGUCACGGCCGCUACCCGUCCACCGGGAUGCUGGCCAUAGUCUACGCGCUGCACACCUGCGACCAGGUGUCGGUGUUUGGUUACGGGGCCGACAAGCAGGGCAACUGGCACCACUACUGGGAGGAGAAUCGCUACGCUGGCGCCUUUCGCAAGACGGGCGUCCACAGCGCCGACUUUGAGACGCAAGUCAUCCGGCGGCUGGCCGAGGAGGGAAAGAUCCGACUGCACGCGUGAACCAAGCGGACGCCGUCCGUACUGGCCGGGCCUCCUUUGACACAGAACCCAAGCGGCCCAAAUUCUCCUCGUCCAUUUUGUGCCUUUUUCCCACAAGACUAUGGAGUGUCCUGUAAACACAAAAAAGACUGCUCUGAGAUGGGGAAUGACCACAUAACGGGGCGGGGGUUGUAUUAGUUAGCAAAAAAAAAAUAAGGAUACCCCCCCCCCCUUUUCUUUUUCUUUUUUGUCUGAGCACUUUGCCUUAAGGAAAUGCCAGCCAUCUUGUGGCUUUACAACUCGUCUUUUUGUUCAAACUGAAUGGCUGACAUCCAGUAAGUAUUUUGUUCCCGUUUUUGUGGUGCUUAGUCUUGUAUAUUCCAAUUUCAUUUGAAUUAUUCUUUCCUCAAGAAUUGGACACCACAUGGUGACGAGCCCUUUGCAAAUUUUGAGGGGAAAAGCCCAAAUUGAAUACAUUUUGGCUUUCGCCAGUUCGCAUUGGUUUCUGUUGCGGUGCAUUCGCUGUUUUUGUUGUACCAAAGGUCAACGCCCCCUGUUGGUCUUGACGUGUACUGUGAAUGUAAAAGUCGUUCUUCCGUGGUCAAUCGUGUGGUCAAUCGUGUGCCUGCGUGCUAAUAUUUGCGUGCAAACGACAAUGAAGGAAAUUGAGCACCGCGCAGUGAUUUUUCUUUUUUUUUUUAUACAGUAUUUAGCAUGCUGCCUAAAUUGUUUCUUUCAAUGUUUUUUUUUCUGCUUUUAUUUUUUCUUAAUUUCUUUAUAUGGGUUAUGUGGAAAGGAAGAGAUGAGACGUGCAUUUACAAAUAAGUAACAUUUACAUAAUCAUGAGGCGGCACUGGUUAGCACGUCCGCCUCACAGUUAAGUGGAUGUGCGUUUGAUUCCACCUCCGGUCCUCGCUGUGUGGAAUUUGCAUGUUCUCCACGUGCCUGCGUCGGUCUUCUCCCAUAUCCCAAAAAUAUGCUUGGUAGGUCGAUUGAGCACUUCAAAUUGCCCAUAAGUGUGAGUGCGAGUGAGGAUGGUUGUUUGUCUCUGUGUGCCCUGCGAUUGGCUGGCAACCAGUUCAGGGUGUUCCCCGCCUACUGCCCGAUGACUGCUGGGAUAGGCUCCAGCGGGGUCGCGACCCCCGUGGGGACAAGCGGUACAGAUAAUGGAUGGAUGAAUCAUGUUGGCUUAUCAACCAGUUUGUUUUAAGUUGACCUGUUUGUAUUUUUCUAAUGCCAAUUAUGAAAAUGGAUACAUUUCAAGGGAUAAGAAGUUCAAAUUUAGGUUUUGCUAAUGGCUUACUUCCUGCACACGUCCCAAUUCUCUUCACUUUUGUUAAUGCUCUAUAUUUGUUCCAAGACCUUUGUCCAUGAGGCCUGCUUGACAUGCAAGACUUUGUGAAUUUGUAAAGGCACUGCUGCCACUUGGACUGAACAAGAAUGAGAAAAUAAAACACAUGUUUUGAACGGCACUGCGAACUUUUCCACUGUUGGGCAAGCUAGCAAAAUAUUUGUUGGGGUUCCUUCAAGGUUGCAAAUGCUCGUAAACUGUUCCCCAACAGUUUUAGUUUUUUCCCCUUGUUGCAAGCACAAUUUGAAAAUGUACAAAAAUUUUCCAUGAUUUGAAUGAGGUAAAAUAACAUGCUUUUUCUCUCGAGUAUAUUGUUAGAAUCAUUUGUUUCAGAUGUAAUCAUUUUCUGUAUAAGAAAUUAAAUUUGGUGUUCAAAAAGUA